AUGGACUCACAGGAGCCUUGUUUGAGUUUAAAUCAAGCAAAAGAUCAAAAUCAAGAGCUACAUCUCCAAGACAAAAGUGAACACCUUUCCAUCAAAGUAGACUAUUUGGAAACAAGAGUGACUCAUUUGUCCACUACCAACACAGACCUGUCCAACAGGCUGGUCCAUAGUGAAGAAGAGAAACUAAAGAUUUCAAAGGAGCUUGUGGAGGAAAAGCUUCAUUUUAAUGAGAUGAGAGGCAAGUUUGAAGACGAGAUGUUUGAAUUAAGAAAUAAGUUAUUGAACCAAAAAGACGAGAUAACAGAGCUAGUUACCGAGCGAGACAACUUACUAGGUGAGCUCCAAAUAGCCGAGACGAAUUUCAAGAGCCAGCAAGAGGAGUAUGCCUCGCUCAAGAAGGACUACCUCGCUCUGGCAGAGGCCCAUCACAAAGAGCUGGCCCAAAGCAAGGAACUGAGCGCAGAGCUGCUGGCCUCGGCCCAAGCCCAGGACACUUUACGCUGCAAGCUAGCCAAGAAGCAUCAAAAGGCUCAGGAAAGCUCAACGGACCUUCACGGGGAGCUAAACAGAGUCAGGGCCCUCAUUGGCCGCCUUCUGCAGAACAGGGUUAAGCUCCUAGGAAACCAAGAGGAGAUGAAAAACAUGCUGGAGGACUUGAAGCGCUGCUAUGAGGAAGAGCAAAGGAAACUCAAGGAGAAGAUUGGGGAGAUGAGAAAGGAACAGCGGAUCCCAAGCGGACAGCAGAAACCAUCUGAGCUGAGUAUGGUGAGACUGAAAUGUCAAGGUCACAGUGAAGCCAUUAUUUCCAAAUUAAAUUUCUUUUCUUUUCUCAAAAUUCUGCACAAAGGGGUUGUUUUUGGUUUUCCAUGCUGGUGCUGCCAGACGCAUCUAAAGGAGGCCAAAGAGGAGAACUCAAGGCUGCAGCUGCAGGUCAAAGAGCUUCACCAGCAAUAUCGUGCAAAGCUGUUGUGCUAUUUAAAGGACAUAACCAACUACAUAGAUGAUGUCGCAGGAGGCAAAAUGCUUGCCCAGAGAAACAAGUUGAGAGGUUUUGUGGACAACGUGCUUGGAGACGUCCGUGCUUCAUACAGGGCCCGUGAGGAGCAGCUUGCUACUGCUGCACAGGAGUACAAAAAGAAACUGCAGAAGACCACCAAGACCCAUCAUGCCCUGAUAUGUACUUAUAGGGCUCAGAGAGAGCAGAUUUUGGCUAAACCAGACAUGGGUUUUGACCCUGGACCCCCAGAUUCCCAUUUCAACCUGCUCAAUACGUCAAAAGAAGAAUUGAGUGAGCUCCAGCAACUUGGACAAAAAGUGGAGGGUCAGCAAAAAGUUGGCCUAAAUCAGGUGGCAUUUGUCAAAACUUCAACCCAUUCCACCAACCAGGAGAUGCCACAACCGGAGCAGAUAUUUCAAGAAUCCUGGGCGGUCAUCAAGAAACAGCUGAAGGAAAUAACAGACUCCACGCUGGAAGGUUAUGAGAAGGAGCGCACACUUCUAAUCACCAGAGCAACAGUCGCAGAAGAACAAGUGUCACACUUACAAAACUUUAUAGACAAGCAUCUUCACAGGUUAGAAGAUCUAAUGGUCAUUUUUUUAAGCCUUCAGUUUUACAGAUUUUGAGUAACAUAUUUCACUUGCAGGUAUAAACAGGAGAUAACACAUCUCCGUCACCUGUGUGCUAAAAAGGAGGCCCUGGGAACACCUAGCAAUCAUUAGUUCCCUUUGCUUUGCCCCAUAAAACAUAUGCGAUAUAUCUAUUUUUUUUUAAAGAGUAGACAUAUCUAAUUUCUUUGAGAAAAGCAAUAUAUUUACUGGAUAUGGGCAAAUUCUACGCAGAUUUCUCUCUUUCUUGAAAAGAGAUUUUAAAAAAAGAUUACUGGUAACACUUUAUAAUAACUAUCCGUUUUACUAGUUAAUAGAUUAUUAGUAAACUGUUGAUAAAUGAUUUAUUGUGGAUUUGUGAAGUAUUUCUUAACAGUUUGUUAAGCAUUUACAGGAUGUUCCAAUAUGGUUGACACCAUUCUAAAUGCCCAUGCUAGUUGAUGGAUCUUAAUAAAACUAUAUACACUUUAUGUUGAAGGUCAUAAGUUUUAUUUGUUAAAUAUACAAAGAAAAGUACAAAUAUUUGUUGGUUCUAUGGCAGAUUUUCAUAAAUGUGCAACAUGAGCACUGCCUGCAAAAUGCCUUAUCAAAAUGCCUUUUCUUUUGAAGUGAACGGCAUGUCUUAACCUGAAAAGAUAGAAAUGCGAAACGUUACACACAAAAACUUGAAACGUCUCUACACAAACUGUGUUUCAGAGGUUAAGAACACCCUGUAAAUGCUUAACAAACUGUUAACGAAUACUUUACAAA